CACGCAGGGGGCGGGCCCGCGGCGUCGUGACGCCAUCGCCCGGCGCCGCCCGGGAGCGGCGGGCGCGCGGCGCCGCCAUGUCGGGAGCGGCGGGGCCGGGGGCGCCCGGCGGCACCGCCCGCGCCCCGCUGCCCUGCUCCGCCCGCGCCGCCGCCGCGCUCCAGCUGGGCGGCGGGGCCGACCCGGCGCGGCCCGGCGUCGCCGUCAUCGACCUCCGUUUCCCCCGCGGCGGUGCCGCCGACCUGCAGGAGAUCGUGUUCAGGAACUUCUACACGGCCUUCCUGAGCGUGCGGGUGCAGCGCGCCGGCGCCGAGGGCUCCCGCAAGUGGGUCACCUGCCUCCGUGACUACCGCCUCAUGCCCAGCCCGCACACCGAGGAAGGCUCCCAGGACUACUUCUCCCUCUUCCGGCACCAGAUGCUCUGUGACGUCGACCAGGUGACGGCAGUGCGAUUCAUCCUGCGGCAGCCGUCCCCGGUCUGGCUCCACUUCACCAUUGAGGAGCUGCAGAUUUAUCCCCCCAGCCAGAAGAGUCCACAGAAAGAUUUCCCCUCCUGGCUCUCCCAGCUGACUCCUCCGGAGCAGCCAGCCAACCUGCACGGGGAACUCCCUGAUCCAGAGAAGGUAUCGACGGAGGUCCAGCAAAUGUGGGUGUUGACGGAGGUGAUCCGUGCUCGCCAGGCAGCUGCCCGCAUCGGGCGCUUUGAUGUGGAUGGCUGCUACGACAUCAACCUGCUUUCCUACACGUGAGCUGGCUGGUGGGACACCGCUCCUCUGCCCUGCUGGGACCCAAGGGGGACACGAGGGGCUCCAGUGCUCCCACAUGCGCCUUUGUCCCUCCCGCACUGGGCUGUUUCCGGGCCUUUGCUGUUCCUUUUCCUGACUCCUCUUGUACUAGCGCUUGGUGGUGGGCAGCGUUGCCUCCCCAGGAGCCCCGAAUGAGCCUCUCGCUACACUGGU